GAUGCACAGCCCCAGUGACUCCGCUCCUCCCGGCGCAGAGGGGCCCCAAGAGGCCGGAGGAGUGCACUCGGGACGGGAUUUCCGAGGAAAGGGAGAGGAAGGGCGCCCCACCCGCUCUGGAGGGGUUGCGUGAACGAUGAAGGGCCGGCGGCGGCGGCGGCGCCGAGAGUACUGCAAGUUCGCGCUGCUGUUGGUGCUGUACACGCUGGUGCUGCUGCUCGUCCCCUCUGUCCUGGACGGCGGCCGCGACGGGGACAAGGGCGCUGGGCACUGCCCGGGCCUGCAGCGCAGCCUGGGAGUGUGGAGCCUGGAGGCGGCGGCGGCGGGCGAGCGUGAGCAGGGCUCGGAGGCGCGGCCCGCCGCGGAGGAGGACGCGGGCUGGUCCCCCAGGUCCCAGGGCAACCUCAACGGCGCCGUCGGGGAGGCGGCGUCUCGCGAAAAGCAACACAUCUAUGUACACGCCACCUGGCGCACGGGCUCGUCGUUCCUGGGUGAGCUCUUUAACCAGCACCCGGACGUUUUCUACUUGUACGAGCCCAUGUGGCAUCUGUGGCAGGCGCUGUAUCCGGGAGACGCUGAGAGCCUGCAGGGCGCGCUGCGCGACAUGCUGCGCUCGCUCUUCCGCUGCGACUUCUCGGUGCUGCAGCUGUACGCGCCGCCGGGGGAUUCCGCCGCGCACGCCCCGGACGCGGCCAAUCUCACCACGGCUGCCCUCUUUCGCUGGCGGACCAACAAGGUCAUCUGCUCGCCGCCGCUGUGCCCCGGCGCGCCCCGGGCCCGCGCCGAGGUCGGCCUCGUCGAGGACACCGCCUGCGAGCGCAGCUGCCCACCCGUGGCUCUCCGAGCCCUGGAGGCCGAGUGCCGCAAGUAUCCGGUGGUGGUCAUCAAGGACGUGCGCCUCCUCGACCUGGGCGUGCUGGUGCCCCUGCUGCGCGACCCCGGCCUCAACCUGAAGGUGGUGCAGCUUUUCCGCGACCCGCGGGCCGUGCACAACUCGCGCCUCAAGUCUCGGCAGGGGCUGCUGCGCGAGAGCAUCCAAGUGCUGCGCACCCGCCAGAGGGGCGACCGCUUCCACCGCGUGCUGCUGGCGCACGGCAUGGGCGCUCGACCCGGGGGCCCGUCCCGCGCACUGCCUGCCGCCCCGCGCGCCGACUUCUUCCUGACCGGCGCGCUCGAGGUGAUCUGCGAAGCCUGGCUGCGCGACCUACUGUUCGCGCGCGGCGCGCCAGCUUGGCUACGGCGCCGCUACCUGAGGCUGCGCUACGAGGACCUGGUGCGGCAGCCGCGCGCCCAGCUGCGCCGCCUGCAGCGCUUCGCCGGGCUGCGCGCGCUCGCCGCGCUCGACGCCUUCGCGCUCAACAUGACGCGCGGCGCAGCCUACGGCGCGGACCGGCCCUUCCACCUGUCGGCGCGCGAUGCCCGCGAGGCCGUGCACGCCUGGCGCGAGCGCCUGAGCCGAGAGCAGGUGCGCCAGGUGGAGGCCGCAUGCGCCCCAGCCAUGCGCCUGCUGGCUUACCCUCGCAGCUGGGAAGACGGUAACGCCGAGCCGUCCGAGGACGAGGAGACGCCGCUGGAGACGGAGGCCGACGGCGCCACGUAGCCCCGCUCCCGCGCCCCUGGGGACGGAUCCGGGUCAGUCACCACGAACCAGGGCACUCAGCACGUUGUCCCAGCAUUGGGGAAGCCACGCUGUGGAGGCAGUCUAUCACACUGUCAGAGACUGGGGCUUGACUUGGUACCAACUGCUGUGCUAUUCUGCGGAGCAGGAAUAUCAUGAGCUGUUCAAUAAUGACUGACACAUUGGUUGAAAUGAAGUUUCCAGUAAGGAAGUGACAGUGCAAUGUGGAUAAUUAUGGCAAUAAAAUAGGAAGAGCUUUAGUUCCCAGCCUGACCCUGCCUCUGCUGGAGCCAUGUCAACAAGGCGUUCUCAGAACAAAGAAGAGAUGUGAUUUGGUACCAUUUCCCAUCAGCAGGUGUCUGGACAAAACAUCAAUGUGAAAAAGGUUCAAGUGCAGUCCUGUGUAUCUUGAUUAAAUUACUUAAUAUUAAAUAAAAGGUCUGGGUGGUAUUUUUUAAAAUCUGACUCAUCCAGCUCUAAUUCAAAUAGCUCCCCUCACCCUGACCCUUGAAUGGAUUUUUAUAAAGUAAUUUCUCUCCCUGGGGUGGGAGAACCCUAAUGAACUGAAAGAAAUUUUUGCUUUUAAAUUGUUCUAUCUGAUGUUUUUGUAAAUUUAUUAUUAAAUGACUCUGGA